AUGGCAGCUUGCAGGUGUGGGCGCUUCGUCGUGACGAGUGCUGGCGCGUUGACCGAUCACGAGCUUGUGCAGCCCGCUCGAUCUCAGCCUGUGAAGGAGGGCGGGUGCGGCAUGUACCAGGCAGGUCCUAGGGACUAUAGAUGUGUGGUGGAUGGUGCGUCGUCGGGCGGAAUGGUAGUCGUCGUCGGCGGUGUCGCUGUCCGGGCCGAUGGGGCGGUGCAGACUAGAACUGGGCCUGGCAAGAACGCACAGCUAGCACAGCACAGUGGGCUUGCGAAUGCUACGGGGCGACCCUUCUCUCUCGCACUGCCCUGCCCUGCCCUUCCACCGAGAUCCCUGCCGCCUCCCAGGAUACCGGCUGGAGUCGAGUCCACAGCGCGCGCAACUCGGCCGCUGCGAAUUUUGGUGCUCCACGCGUUGCAGCAGACAGGAUCAAAGACCGCAAUGUUCAUCAGACAACAAGAAGGGGUCAUUCCAACGCCCGCAAGAAGGUUCGGCCUACUGGGCUCUAAGCUAAAAACACUCGUGGCGUCCCAUCAUCAGACGAGACCCUUUGUCGGACGUGAUGACUGUUCAUUAUUUGCCUUUCGGCCCAAGCCCAAACACGGCUCCUUCGCACAGCAGUAUCAACGCCGCCGACUUUGUGACGGAGCGUGGUGCACGGCAGCAUCGCACGAACCGCUGCCAUCUCCACCAUCCCCUCGCUUCCGUUUCUCUGCACGUGACCUUUCACCUCGCUUUGAGGACGAGGCGGCACAUGGCCUUAUGUACGUCUGUGCGACCUGCGUCAGAGCCAAGCGGUCAAGCGGUACGGGUAUGAUGAUGUGCCUCAUUUCACGCGCGCGCCAUGUGAUACAACCAAUGAACACUUCCUCCUAUUAUUAUGCCAUCCACCUCCCGUUGCAGCUGCAUACAGGAACUGCCUCCCCCACCCCACAUCCAAUCACAUCAAUUCAGGGACACAACGUUAUUUGGCUCCAUGCAAGUCGACGUCAUCCGGCCUGCGUAUCCUGGAUCAUAUCAGCGAGGCCUAUAGAUCUUGAAAUUUGCUCUUCCAGCUUCCAGCUAGCAAACAACAAUACCAAUGCCACUUCAAAAGGGCUCUCAGCUACUACCCACAGAAGCCCCGGCACUGCCAAGCCAACUCCGACAGCCAUCUCUUGCAAUGCCCUGUCUCAACCUCUGGCAUGCCUGAACACCACAAGCCUGCCAGUGACGUCUACAUACAACUCGACGUCAACAUUCUCUCCUGACAGCAAGCAACGUCGGCCGGCCCUCCUAGACUCGCUGCUGCUCAAAUGUCCGCGAACUCUCCUCGUAUAUAGAGAUCUUACGUAUGUACACAUGGGCCCGAAAAUUUACCGUCGAACUUGCAUUGGGCUUCUACCCGCCCGAGCCCUAGCAUAA